GGCGGGCGAGCGGCGGCGCGGGGACGGCAGCGCGGCCCGGGCCGAGGCGCCCCGGCACCCAGGUUAUGCUAUGACUGGCUUCAGACUCCCCAUCAGCACUUUCAGAAAACUAAAUGUCUGGAUCGGACUGUGGGAGAAAUUUCCCUCAAAUAAACUGUAUCCCACUUGGAGGAGAAGCUUAUUCUGCAGCUGUCAAGCAAGCACAGUAAACUACAGAUGUUUCAGUUUUUCCCCAGUCAGACUCAGUGCACUAAGACUCUCUCCAGAGUAUAUCUCAGUACUUUCUCUGAGGAACAAAAGCAGCAAAAGCUCUAAAAAGAGCAGACAAAGUGUGCAAGAGGAGGAGGAAGAAGAGGAAGAAGAUGAAAGUAAUUUGGAAGAUGAAUUUGAGAAUGACCCCAAUGUAGUAAAAGAUUACAAGGAUCUUGAAAAAGUAGUGCAGUCUCUUCGAUAUGACGUGAUCUUGAAAGCUGGUCUAGACAUGGCAAGAAAUAAAGUAGAAGACGCAUUCUACAAUAAUGAACUCAGGCUGAAUGGAGAAAAACUAUGGAAGAAAAGUAGAACUGUGAAACUUGGUGACACACUGGAUCUCAUAAUAGGUGAAGAUAAAGAAACAGGAAGUGCUGUAGUUAUGCGGGUAGUCUUAAAAAAAUUAUCUGACAAAACUGAAAGUGAAAAAUACAAAGUUGUUUUGAGGCGCUGGAAAAACUUAAAAGUGCCCAAACAGGAUGUACUUAAGUAACAAGGGGUUGCAUGUGGCAGCAUAAGAUUUUUGCAGAAAAACAUAUUUUUUUGUUAAAUAUGAAUUUUGGUUGAACAAAAUUACAGUACCCUUUUUAAGGGCUUGUGUCAGAAUGUUAUCUCGCUCUGCUGCGUACAUCAAUAAUCAUGCAAUAAAGCCUGUCAGUUUUGCUGGUAGCUUAGUCUUGUGGUACUGUAAGUUAAAAGAUCCAACACUUACAUUUCCAGGAAGUUUCUUAUAAAUGAUGAAUCAAUAAAGACUGAUUUGAUCACUA